UGUGUAAUGCUCAGGAGCGGAAGUGCGGAGUCGGACGGUGUUGGGUGUGUGACGCCAGAAACCGAAACUUCCUGGUUGUCGUGCACCACCUGACGAAACUGUAGCAAUAAUUCACACGAAAACAUAACUGUCUGCUCAUAUUAUACAAAAAACUGACAUUCCAUCACUACAUCACAUAAUCUCUGUGUUAGCGGAGGAGAAUUCCUGAUUUAAAGUAGAGAAGUCAGUCGAGCGCUGCGGGAGGAUCCGGAGAAGACGGAGGAUGAGGGUGUUUGCCGGUGGGAAGGAUGAAGAGUUCCCCAGUUAGCCGCAGUCGGGACAUCGAGCGUCAGGCGGGAUAUCUGCGGCCGGAGCACUGCGCGCCGCCCCCUCCGCGGACACACUCGGCCGACGACAUGUGGUUCAUCCGGGACGGCUGCGGCAUCGUGUGCGGCGUGAUCACGUGGCUGCUGGUCUUCUACGCAGAGUUUGUGGUCGUCUUCGUAAUGCUGCUGCCGGCGAAGAAUGUGGCGUACAGCCUAAUUAACGGUGCUGUGUUUAAUGGACUGGCCUUCCUCGCCCUGGCAUCACACUUCAGAGCCAUGUGCACCGACCCGGGAGCCGUUCCAAAGGGAAACGCCACUAAAGAGUUUAUAGAGAGUCUGCAGCUCAAGCCUGGACAGGUGGUGUAUAAAUGUCCCAAAUGCUGCAGCAUCAAACCUGACACAUCACAUCACUGUGUGUUUUCUCGGUCUAGUGUGUGUAAGCGCUGUAUCAAGAAGAUGGACCAUCAUUGCCCUUGGGUCAACAACUGUGUGGGAGAGAACAACCAAAAAUACUUUGUGCUCUUCACUAUGUACAUUGCUCUGAUUUCUCUUCACGCUCUCAUCAUGGUCACUCUCCAUUUUGUCUUCUGUUUUGAAGAGGACUGGGCGAAGUGCAGUUCCUUUUCUCCUCCGGCGACUGUCAUCCUCCUCAUCUUCCUGUGCUUUGAGGGUCUCCUCUUCCUCAUUUUCACCGCUGUGAUGUUUGGGACGCAGAUUCACUCCAUCUGUAAUGAUGAGACCGGAAUCGAGCAGCUGAAGAAAGAAGAGAAACGAUGGGCCAAAAAGUCCAAGUGGAUGAACAUGAAGGUGGUGUUCGGUCACCCGUUCUCUCUGGCCUGGCUGAGUCCGUUUGCCACACCGGAUCACGGGAAGGCCAAUCUCUACCAGUACGUGGUCUGAGACGGUCGUCACCUCCUCCAUCUCUACACAAACAUCUCUUUGCUUUUUAACUCUGUCUGCUCUGAAAGACCUCCCUGCACAGAACACCACGCCACGCUGUUGUAGUGGCCUCUUUACGCUCAUCGAGACACUGACAGCCUCGGAGAGUGACACUGACGCACUGUUGUAACGAAUCCCACACUGUGAACGCCGUCAUUUACAAAUGACGUUUGUGAUGAACUUGAUCUAGUCGCCCGGUGAGAUUCUAGAGGCCUUGACCAUGAACCUACUAGCCAUCACCAGCCGUGGCAAAUAACUAGCGUUUCUUGUUGGUGUGAAUUUUUUUUUUUUUGAUUGACAGAUGCCUUUACAUUCGCUGGAUAAUUAGGAACCGCCUUUUCAUUUUGCGCUUGUGCUGUUGAUUCUCUGCUCAAGCCUUAGCACAGAAUGGCUGCUGUACUGUGUGAGGAAUCUUUUGUUGCCAAAUUUUAUUAUAUUAUGAAAGUAAAAUGACACAAAAUCUCCUUUUUUCCUUUCUUGAGCAAAAAGAAUUCAUAACUUGCAUAACACUAAUGGGUGAAUAUCAUGAAAACAUGUCUGGGUCAUAUUCCAUACCAAAAUCUUUUUCUUGUCAUUGUGACAUUAUAUUCAUAUUACUAUUUUCCAUUUUAACUAUUCUAAAUACAUUACUCAGUGCUGAUUAUCAUUACUGUAAUAGUCAUUUUUACUGAAUUACAUUAAAAAUACACACACUUUUUGCAUUACAAUAAUUAUAGAUUUUCAUUAAAUAUUGUCUUCAAUACUAUUUUGUGAAUUUUGGCUCACGUUUCUUUUUUCUAUUUUCCAUUUUAACUACUCUCAUUUUUAAUAAUAGUCUUUUUACUAAAUUACAUAAAAAAAGUCAUCAAACAUUAACAUUAAAAUAUUUAAUGUGUAUAUAUAUAGUACUAAAAUUGUAAAAGUUUUUCAUUAGUACUAAUACCUGUGCAUUUUGCCUGAAACUUCAUGUUGAUUUUGGAAUGAAAUAUGCUGUUUUUGACAUGUUUUAUGAGAUUAAUCUAAUUCAUUUAUAAAUGCAGUAGCUUGUUACAGGCUUAGAAAUACAUUUGUGACUGUAAUACGUUCAGCCGUUCUCCAGACGGUUUUCACUGUGUCUCAGCGGUGGCACUCAUGGAUUUCUUCCGUUGUGGUUCAGUAAUGGUGUCACUACAGUAUUUGAGCAUAAGCUCGGUCUUCCUGAAUCCAGACGGCUGCUGUCUUCGUCCUGUGACUCCUCAGGUUCACAUCAUGUUCUUAUCAAUCCUGCUUCUCUCCCAAAUCCAGCUCAGACCAUCAGAUAUUCACCGUCUGCAGCCUCGAAAGCUUUGAAACUGUGGAGACUGACAGCUGUAGAAGUCCCUGAAUGGUUUUCAGGGCUUUCUCUGGCUUAUUUUAUCCUUCAGCACAAUUCUGUCGGGUCUUGUGGUUUGAUGGCCCCACUUUGCUGCUUACGACUGAAAGUUUGUUGGUUGGAUUUCAGUGCAUUGAAGUGUUCAACGGCUCUGCUGUUGGAUCAGUAUUUCCUGUCGGGUCUGUACGGGUCGCUCAUAAUCACUGUCUCUUUAAUCUAUGCUUUAUGUUGUGCAUGUAUUUUAAAUAUAUCAAUAUCUUAAUGCAGUUGUGGGUGUUUCGGGUUACUUUCACUUUGAAAGUCAAUUCAAUAAAUUUCUCUUUCUGUUGUUUUUC